CGUACGAACGUCAACGUAACGGCCCUCUCCAGAAUGACAAAAGCGAAUGGUGAGCCGGUGACCCCCCGCGACAUGUCUGUGGUCCCCCGGGCCGACCUGCUCACCGUGUCCGGGGAUGGGAAGCCUCCCGCCGCCUGAGCCCGGGACUCAGUGAGAAGCGACGGCAUCGGCGCAGCCUGACAACAAGCGGAGGCGGCCGCCCUCCUCCUAUUUAUCCACGAGAAGAUGGCGGAGUUCUCGCCCGUCCUGCCAAUGCGGGAUGGAGGAGGACGGUUCGCUCAGCCCAUCUUCCCGCGGUCCAGGUCCGGUUCCGAGUCGGAGAGCGAGCUGUCCCAGAGCCUGGCCCGGACCAAGAUCCGGUCGUACGGCAGCACCGCCAGCGUCACGGCCUCUCUGGGGGAGAAAUUCAUCGAGCAUCGGGUUACAGACAGCGACACUCUGCAGGGAAUCGCUCUGAAGUACGGUGUAACGAUGGAGCAAAUCAAGAGAGCUAAUAAGCUGUUCAGCAAUGACUGCAUCUUCCUAAAGAACAGCCUCAACAUCCCCGUGGUGUCGGAGAAGCGCUUCAUAUUUAAUGGACUCUCUCUGGAGUCUCCUGACGGGGACGGCGAGACGGCGUGCCAGGACGCAGAGGCGCCCUGCAUUAUGACGCAGGACAUCGAGGGACCCACGCCCCCACCUUCCCCGCCCCCCGAGGAAUCCGCACCCCCUCAGCCUCCGCCUCAGCCGGAGGAGCUAUCAGCCAAAGACUUCUUACACAGACUGGACUUGCAGAUUAAACAGUCAAAACAAGCUGCUCGCAGGCUGAAAGAAGAGGAAGUGAGGAGCAGCGAGGAGGACUACACGGCGCCCACGACGUCAUAUCAGGAGAUAUAAUAGGACAAGUCUGUUUACCUGAAGCGCUGAAGUGUUGCACACACAAGCAGUACCACAACCUUAAGGCUUUCUUUGUUUCUUCUCCUUCUUGUGUUUACCACGUUGAACAAGUGUCAUGUUUGCCUUUUUUUUUUUUUUUUUUAAUUAUUUAUUUGAAUUCAAUCGUUGUGUGUAUUGUUCUGGUUUGACUGGGCGACCUGCUGUGAGAAGUGGCGUUUCAGGACACGCGCCCAUCCACUCGCCAUCGCCGCCGCUUGUACAGAGCCCACCUGCUGCAUACGCUCACGCCGCCCAGCGCUAAGCAUUUCCAGAGGGAUUAGCUUGUUGGACUUGCUAACCGAUUCUGAUGUUCUAAAUCUCCUCCUAGAAUAGGAUCAUCGGAAACUAUAUUCAGGCCUUCCUCGUCAGUGUUUACCCCGUACGAGCUCACCCCAGACAGGACUCCAGCCUUUCAACACGUCCCAUUUGCCUCUCAGAAGCUUUUUUUGGGUUUGUUUGUUUUUUUUUUUUCCUCUUUUUCUUUGUGAACAAAAGGGACUGCUCUAUUUUUUUGAAGUGUGGAUGCAUUAUUUAUGUGUGGACAACUGUCUGUUACAGCUGUUUUACUGUGCUUUUAAAAUAUAUCGGUUUUAUUUGGGGAGAAUAAAUCUGUAUUUAAGCCAGA